AUGGCGGAUUCGGACGGCGAAUACGUCGGGGACCUUUCGGACGAUGACCUCGACCAUCAAGGGGCACCCGCUGCUGGAGAAAGCUCCUACGGCACACGGUCCAAGGCCGGUGGUCGAGGCAAGGGCAAGUCGGGCGACGGCCGCAAGGGGGGCCGCUCAAAGGCCGCGUGGGAAGACAUCAAGCGAUCGUGGGAAAAUGUAGUCGAGACGGAAGAUGGCAGCAUAACAAUCGAAGCGCUCAUUGAAGCGGAAAAGCGCCGACGACUGAAGCGCGAUACGACCCCGUUCCAGCGCGGCAUCAUCCGCCACUUGAUGCUGGUGCUCGACAUGAGCUUCGCCAUGGCCGAGAAAGAUCUGCUCCCGAACCGAUACCUGCUGGCGCUCAACUAUGCCGUUGAAUUUGUGCGUGAAUACUUUGAGCAGAAUCCAAUCAGUCAGCUGGGCAUCGUGGGCAUGCGCGACGGUAUCGCUGUUCGGAUCAGUGAUAUGGGAGGGAACCCGACGGAACACAUCGAGAAGCUGAGGAAAUGGGCCGAGCAGCAGGAGCCACAAGGAAACCCGAGUCUACAAAAUGCGUUGGAGAUGUGCCGCGGUGCGCUCUUUCACACGCCCUCCCACGGCACACGAGAGGUCCUCAUCAUCUAUGGCGCAUUACUGUCGAGCGACCCGGGCGAUAUCCAUGACACCGUGAACCACCUCAUAACCGACCGUAUUCGUGUCUCUGUCGUGGGACUCGCUGCGCAAGUAGCCAUCUGCGAGCAGCUAUGCAGCCGCACCAACGGUGGAGACACAUCCAACUAUGCCGUCGCCCUUCAUGAGCAGCACUUCCGAGAGCUUUUCCUAGCUGCUACCACACCACCCGUAACCCACUCCAACACCACGGUGUCCAAAGACCCCAAAGACCAACAACAAGAUCCACAAUCUCAACAACAAAAACUCAACAACCACAGCAACCAAGCCUCCCUCUUAAUGAUGGGUUUCCCCUCCCGCACGCUGGCCCCUAAGGACAACGUCAGCCUCUGCGCCUGCCACCACCGUCCCACACGCGAAGGAUACGCCUGUACCCGCUGCCGCGCCAAAGUCUGCCGCCUACCCGCCGACUGCCCCGUCUGCGGUCUGACCCUCGUGCUUAGCACCCACUUGGCUCGCUCUUAUCACCACCUGUUCCCCCUGCGCGGCUGGGUCGAGGUCUCGUGGGCGCAAGCGGCCGCACACCGGUUGACGGCGUGUUUUGCGUGUCUGGCGCCGUUCCCGGUUGUACCCGCAUCUGCGUUGUCAACGGAUGGGAAGGGUAAGGGGAAUGCUGCUACGGCAGAAGGGGGAAAUUCCGAACGAGGAGCAGCAGCACCAGCAGCAGCAGGGAAAGGAAACACAGCAGCAAAAGGGGGAGGAGUCCCACCCGAAGCUAAGACCACCGGGGUCAGCGAGAGCGGCCGGUAUGCAUGCACUGUGUGUGGAAACCACUUCUGCAUAGACUGUGAUGUGUUUGCACACGAAAUGAUCCACAAUUGUCCCGGGUGUCAGAGCGACACGCGCGGUGGGCAACAAGAGGGGCAACAAGCACAAGACCGGAGUAAUGGGGAAGCAGUCAAUGGUGGGAGUGGUAGUGGUGGUAGUAAUGUGCGGACUCACGGGAACGGCACAAAUGGUGAUGGGGAUGCCAUGGUCAUUGAUUAA